CGCCGCCGCCGGGGCUGCUGCUCCGGCUGCUGCAGGAGGCGGCGCUGGCUGGCGGCUGCGCUCGCUUCCAGUCGGCGAGCGGAGGAGCGAGCGUGCGUGUGUGCGUGUGUGUGUGUUUUUAAAGAUGGCCGGAGCGGCGGCGGCGGUGGCCGCGGGAGCAGGAGCCGGAGCCGCCGCGGCAGCGGUGUCGGUGUCGGCUCCGGGUCGGGCCUCGGCACCCCCUCCGCCUCCGCCCGUGUACUGUGUGUGCCGGCAGCCGUACGACGUGAACCGCUUCAUGAUCGAGUGCGAUGUCUGCAAGGACUGGUUCCACGGCAGCUGUGUUGGUGUAGAAGAACAUCAUGCUGUUGACAUUGAUUUGUAUCACUGCCCCAACUGUGCAGUUCUACACGGUUCUUCCUUGAUGAAGAAGAGGAGGAAUUGGCAUAGGCAUGACUACACAGAAGUGGAUGAUGGCUCCAAACCUGUGCAAGCUGGAACUAGGGCCUUUGUUAAAGAACUGCGUUCUCGAGUCUUCCCAAGUGCUGAUGAAAUAAUUGUAAAGAUGCAUGGCAGUCAGCUGACACAAAGAUAUCUGGAGAAACAUGGAUUUGAUGUCCCUAUUAUGGUUCCUAAAUUAGAUGACCUUGGACUGAGGCUCCCUUCACCUGCUUUUUCAGUGAUGGAUGUGGAACGUUAUGUAGGUGGUGACAAAGUGAUAGAUGUCAUUGAUGUGGCAAGGCAGGCAGACAGCAAAAUGACACUUCACAAUUAUGUUAAAUACUUCAUGAAUCCUAACAGACCAAAAGUGUUAAAUGUGAUCAGCCUUGAAUUUUCAGAUACAAAGAUGUCUGAAUUAGUGGAGGUCCCUGAGAUAGCCAGAAAACUUUCCUGGGUGGAAAAUUACUGGCCAGAUGAUUCAGUCUUCCCCAAGCCCUUUGUCCAGAAAUACUGCUUAAUGGGAGUUCAAGAUAGCUACACGGAUUUCCACAUUGACUUUGGUGGGACUUCAGUCUGGUACCAUGUCCUUUGGGGUGAGAAGAUUUUUUAUUUGAUAAAGCCAACAAAUGAGAAUUUGGCACUCUAUGAAUCUUGGAGUUCAUCUGUGACCCAGAGUGAGGUGUUCUUUGGAGAUAAAGUAGAUAAGUGCUACAAAUGUGUGGUAAAGCAGGGGCAUACCUUAUUUGUUCCUACAGGGUGGAUUCACGCUGUGCUCACUUCUCAGGACUGUAUGGCUUUUGGGGGCAACUUUCUGCACAAUCUCAACAUUGGCAUGCAGCUCAGGUGUUAUGAGAUGGAGAAAAGACUAAAAACACCAGAUCUUUUCAAAUUCCCUUUCUUUGAAGCCAUAUGCUGGUUUGUAGCCAAAAGUUUGCUGGAAACCCUGAAAGAACUGAAAGAAGAUGGUUUCCAGCCUCAAACUUACUUAGUACAGGGAGUGAAAGCACUGCAUACUGCUUUAAAAUUAUGGAUGAAAAAAGAACUUGUAUCUGAACAUGCCUUUGAAAUUCCAGACAAUGUUAGACCUGGGCAUCUUAUUAAGGAACUUUCUAAAAUAAUUCGAGCAAUAGAGGAUGAAAAUGGCAAACCAGUUAAAUCUCAGGGAAUUCCUACUGGGUGUCCAGUGUCACGGCCUUCAAAUGAAGCAUCUUCACCAUAUCAUUCUCGGCGAAAGAUGAGGAAACUUCGGGAUCAUAAUGUCCGAACUCCUUCUAACCUAGAUAUCCUCGAGCUCCAUACAAGGGAAGUCCUCAAAAGAUUAGAGAUGUGUCCAUGGGAGGAGGACAUAUUGAGCUCUAAACUGAAUGGAAAAUUCAACAAACACCUCCAGCCAUCUUCCACGGUACCUGAAUGGAGAGCAAAAGAUAAUGAUCUACGAUUACUGCUGACAAAUGGAAGAAUAAUUAAAGAUGAGAGACAGCUAUUUGCAGAUCGGAGUCUUUAUACAGCAGAUAGUGAAAAUGAAGAAGACAAGAAACCAACAAAGAAGGCAAACAUGAAGACAGAACAGAGCUCAGGAAGAGAGGGGAUGGGAAGUGAAGGAUCUCCAAGACCACUUAACAGAAUCUUUACAAGUGUGAAAUCAGAACUCAGGAAUAGAACAUCAGAAUAUUCUGAUGUUUCUGAUUCAGAAGACUCUGGACCUGAUUGCACUGCACUGAAAAUUAAUUUUGCCACUGAAGAUUCUGAAAGUUCAGGUGAUGAAAAGAAGCAUGAAAUAACAUCAAACUUUAAGGAGGGAUCUGAUAUAGUGAGGAACCUCCUUCAAAAGAGCCAGAAGCCAUCUAGAAAUGAGAUUCCAGUUAAAAGGGAGUGUCCUACCUCGACGAGCACAGAGGAAGAAGCUAUCCAGGGCAUGCUGACCAUGGCAGGGCUGCACUACUCCAUGUGUGCACCCAGCACAGGCUGCAGUGGUGACAGGAACUCUGUCCAGGAUUCCAGAAGCUGCCACAGCAGUCACUCUGAGCUUAGGCAGUUGUACCGCUGCGAUAAACCAGUGGAAUUUGGAUAUCAUGCCAAGACUGAAGACCAAGAUUUGAGGACUUCUUCCUGGACUAAACAGUUUGAUAGAACUCCUAGACUUAAUACUCAGGACUUAAGUAGAAGCCAGAAAUACAUCAAAAAGGAAAGCUCUUCAGAAAUCAGUCAGAAGGCACAGAGCAGGCAUUGUGUGGACAGCAAUAACUCAAGCAUUCAGAAUGGAAAGUACACACUGAAUCCCAGCUUGGCUUCAGGGCCAUGCCAGAUAAGCAAUGGCAGUCUAAGCCCGGAAAGGCCUAUUGGCGAAACUUCUUUUUCAGUGCCCCUUCACCCCACCAAGAGACCUGCAUCAAAUCCACCACCUAUCAGCAACCAGGCAACAAAAGGUAAACGUCCAAAAAAAGGAAUGGCAACAGCCAAACAACGUCUGGGGAAGAUCCUUAAAUUGAACAGAAAUGGCCAUGCACGUUUCUUCGUGUGACAGAGCUACUUUUGCAGUCACUCUUCCCUUUGGAGGGCAGUCUUGGGGUGUGGGAGCCUGGAGUUUCCACCAUCCCCUGCUUGGAGCAGUUUGUGUGUACAGUAAUACUGCCCGGAACAGAAUGGACCUGAUGCUGCAUUUUCACUGUGCCACACCCACUCAGCAAUAACCCUUUGGACCUGGUGGGGGAGAGGAAGGAGGAGGGUAGAACCUUAAAAAGAGACCUUGAACUGUAAAAGGGUCUCUUGUCAGGGCUUGAAUUUAAUUUUGUUGUUGGUAGUGUCUUGAUUUAUUUUCAGUAGUAGGAGAAAGAAUUAUCAAUAAUUUAUUUAACAGAUUUUUUUUUAAAGUUAACAGCUUUUAAAUUCUUUUUUAAAGCUAUUUAUUUGGAAGAUUUCUGGAGAAAUAUCUCACUAAUUUAGAUUUAAGAAUGUGAAGGUUUUUAAAUUAUUUUUGAUAGUGUGUGUGUUACAUGUGGGGAAGAGCCACAGUAACAGUAGCUAGUCUGGACUCUUAAAUUUGAUAUUCAGGUUAAAGUCUUAAACAGGGAUUUGAUGCAUUAAUUAUUUUAAAUUAAGAUGUAUAUGAAAUCGUUUUAUUUUAUAUAUUUCGUGUGUUUUUUAUAAGCUAUUAGCUUCGCUUUUGCUAACAUCCAAGGUGCAUACUGUAAUCCAGGUUGAUUCCCUUACACCCCACCUUUUCCUCUGCACCCCCGCCCCCCCCCCCAAUGUUUUGAGAUGACCCAAGACUCUUCUCUUUGCAGGGAAACACACCUCAUAGCCAAUGUAUAAGAACCACAUAAAGAGUCCUCAUUUCUCAUUUCUUUUGACAUUGUGGUUUUCUUCUACAUGUAAAGAAACAGGCUUGUUUCAUUUUCAUUUUUCCUGAUGAUAUCUGGUCCCAAAGAGAACAGCUUUAAUAUCUUUUCCCUGCUUAUGGGGAAAGUAUAAGUUUGGUUAAAAUGUCCUAUUUGUAGAUUUUCCAAAAACCUUUAUAAUUACAGAGGGCCUUCUUCAAUACUGCUGUUGUUGGAAGAGCCAACAUCUACCACAGGUUAUAUCUUACCAUGCUUUUAUUAUCUAGACAUAUUUUUUUUAAAAAUACAGUUUGAUUUAGGAUGUUCAAAUCUGCAUAAAAGCCAGAAUACAAUAGGAUUAUACUAUAUUAAGUUGUAAGUAGCAAGCAUGUUGGAAUAGAUUCGUGUGUGUGUGUUUUACUUUUUUAAUUUUAUGAAUUAUUUCAAUACAGAUUUGGAGUAAAAUGGGUGCUUUUUGCAGUUUCUUCCAUCUGUCUUAGGCUAGUGGCACAUGGAGGUUAAGUGUCUGGUUGAACUUAAUUAAGAUAAUAAUUUAUCUCCUUUAUGUACAAUUUUUAUAAGUGCAAGUUUCCACUUAUAAUAGCUUUUAGUCUUCCCAUUUUCCCCUCAUGGCAUAAAAAUGAUAUUGGGGGUUUGAUGGUAUCACAUUUUACAAAUUCUUACAAAGACAACAUAGGCAAAUAACAUGAAGUUUAUUUUUAUGGAGAAAUACGCCUGUGUAAUGGAUUGUCUUGUUUUCACUCAGCAAGGUAGCUAGACUUUUUCUUCUGCAUUAAGCAUUAAGUUUAGAGAAAAGAAUUAUGUACCAUUAUCUUUCCUAGUUGCAUUGAAAAUAUGUAUCUCCAAAGAGAAAUCUAUCUAUCUAUCUUUCUUCCUCCUCCUCCUUCCAUUUUUGGUUUUUGGUUUUUUGAGACAGGGUUUCUCUGUGUAGCCUUGGCUGUCCUUGACUCACUUUAUAGACCAGGCUGGCCUUGAACUCACAGCGAUCCACCU